GUCAUGAAUCCGUGCAGUCGGCCAAAUGGCAAUCAGUCCGACCUUAUCGGGGUCGUUACGCCGAUAAGAGACUGCGGACAUUUCUUUAUCCGCUUGGCCCGGCAAGACCGGGCCGGGAGAGAAGUGGGGAUUCAUCCUCCGCUUUUCCGUGUGCCGGUAUCGUCUAUGUACCUAUAUAACUAUAAGUUGAACGCUUUACGAACUGCAAAUUCUCAGGAAAUAAGUCAGAGAAUAUCCUCUCCCAAAGACGAGCCGUCAGCUUUGAUAUCCAGCAUCUGACUUCAUAAGCCUUUCAGAAUGUCCAAAACACUCAAGAUCGCCGUUAUCCCUGGCGACGGCAUCGGCAAAGAAGUCAUGCCCUACGGCGUCCGGUGUCUCAAAGCCGCAGCCAAGAAGUUCAACCUCUCUCUCGAAUUUCAAGAAUUCGACUUCGCAAGCUGCGACUACUAUGAAAAGCAUGGCAAAAUGAUGCCGGAUGACUGGAAGGAUACUCUCCAGAACUUUGACGCCAUCUACUUUGGCGCAGUUGGCAUGCCUGACCAAAUUCCCGAUAACGUCAGUCUCUGGGGCAGUCUUCUCAAAUUCCGCCGUGAAUUCGACCAGUAUAUCAACUUACGGCCUUGCCGGCUCGUGCCCGGUAUUCCCUCUCCCUUGGCAGGUCGCAAACCCGGCGACAUCGACUUCUGGAUCGUGCGUGAGAACACGGAAGGAGAGUACUCCAGCGUCGGGGGAAUCAUGUUUGAAGGAACGGAGCGAGAGACAGUGAUUCAAGAUACGGUCAUGACACGUGUUGGAGUCGAUCGUGUUCUUCGCUAUGCCUUUGAUCUCGCGCAAAGUCGACCGAGGAAGAAGUUGACGAGUGCGACGAAGAGUAAUGGUAUUAGCAUUACUAUGCCUUGGUGGGACAGCCGCGUGGCUGAGAUGAGUAAGAAUUACUCUGAUGUUGCGGUUGAGAAGUAUCACAUCGAUAUUCUGACGGCACACUUUGUCCAACGGCCUCAGAUCUUCGAUGUCGUUGUUGGGUCAAACCUCUUUGGUGAUAUCCUAUCUGACCUAGGCCCUGCAUGCACGGGAACGAUUGGAAUUGCACCAUCAGCAAACAUCAACCCAACGGGCGACUUUCCAAGCUUAUUUGAGCCCGUUCAUGGAAGUGCACCGGAUAUCUACGGCAAGGGAAUUGCGAAUCCUAUUGGAAUGAUCUGGGCAGGGCAGAUGAUGUUGUCGCACUUUGGGUACACAGAUGCUGCUGCGGGAAUGAUGACGGCUAUUGAGAAUGUACUGGCGAAGUCCGGAGCGGAAGUUAAGACGGCGGAUAUUGGGGGUAAGGGAAGCACGCAGACGUUGGGGGAGGCAAUUGAGAAGGAGAUUCUGUCAGGUCAAUAAGAUACGUGGAUGUGAUGGUCUUGUCCUGAAAUUUCAGCGAAAGUUCACACGAGUGAUAAGGCUCGAUAUGUCUAUUAAUAGACCAGAAAAGUUGUUUUGCUGCAUCCUGUUUCAAUGUCAUUGCGUUUCUAUAUUGAUCACCAGGAUCUGACAUGAGCCUACGAGGGGGACAGUGCACUCUCAGACACCAAAACAUCCAUAUCUUCAAUCUGACCAUCCUUCGCUUUUCGCACUUAACUAAAUUAAAAAUUUACUUAGGCUGCAGCGAGAAGCAUGCUGUGUGCAGUCCCAUCCACCAUUACGGCGAUAAACCUCCAAGCUACAUAUUCUUGCAUGAGC